AUGAGUCGUGAACCGAAAGAAAAACAUUAUUUUACUGACGAAUUUCCAGAUCAUGACUAUAAAUGUACCACAGCUUCUUCCCAUUCUCAAACAUCCUUGUGGCCAACUUACUUGCCUAUCGAUCACGACCGUAUCGUUAUCUUUGAACGAAGUAAAAAUGCGCAGCUUGUUGUAUACACUGCAAACUUUCGUGACAAGAAACGUCGAGAACUGGAUCCAAAGUGGCCGAUGGAUAUUAAAUGGCAGAGUUUUGGAUGGACGGAUCAUCCUAUUAGCAAUGCUACCGGGAUGAUUGAGCGUAAAUUGGCUUGGGGAUAUUCACACAAAGAGGCUACGGAACGAAAGGGGUCAGUCUCAGUCAAAGCGAUUGGAGUCAGCUAUACAAUCACACUGAACGCAUUACCCAGUCGUUCUGCCCUGCUUUACGUUGAUGCUAAAAGUGGAGUCGCUCUACAAGUUACAAUCAGCGGGACGAUCUCACGCCUUUGGAAGAUUUACGUGAAAACCAACAACACUGCGGCCUUUGUCCCCAAGGUGUUGUAUGUUGAUCUAUACGGGACGUCUGUCGAUGAUGAUCGAGUUACAUACGAGCGUAUCCCCAUUUCGUCCUAA